GGUCAUCCAACCAUGAAUGCAGGAGGAGGGAAGUGAAACAACACGCACAAAAAGAGAACUCCGACUUGUCUCUCUUACAUCCGCCGCUGUACCGAAACAUUCCUGCGUGACUCCAGUUCAAAAUGUACGGUGGUCAGCAAACAGCUUGUCAGUUAGUGCUCGAUACGUGCUGCAGGUAGGUCGCGUAGUAAGCGAUGCUUAUUCGUGAUGUUCGUGUUACCCCUGGAAGUGCAGUGUCCCUCUGUGUGGCUUUGGAACUAACGUACUGGCCGUGUGUAGACAUUGUCCUAACGGAUUGACACUAAAACCUCCCGUAACUGCUGUAAGUUUUCGACGUAUUGGCCUUGUGUAGACGUUGCUGUGACCUGCGGAGAGACAGACACCGAUGAAACUUCCGAAAACAUGGACGGCUAGGGAAUGAAAUUCGUUGCUAAGGAAGGUAUUGUUGGUUGUAUACGUCGUGGUGGCUCCAUAUUUGUGUGCUUUCAAGAAACAGAGUGUCUUGAGUGAGUUAAGAGACAAUAGACAAUAAAAUAAGUGACUAACGUGUUGGUCAUGUAUAGAUAUUGUUGUGGCUUUGUGUUUUAUGUGGUUCGAAAGAAAAAUGCCUCGUAGGACUCUCCUCCACAGAAACGACAGCUGGUGGAUUAAAUGUUUUACUUACUUAUUGGCCGAGUGAAGGUAAAGCCUGGAACUAUUACAUUGAAACAAAUUAGGCCAAUGAAAAUAUAGUGACUUACUAACUCUUGUUUAGACACUAGAAAACGAGAAACGCUGUUAAAUGAAGUUGGUACCUGUAAAUAUGUCCAUAACUCGAUCUCUCGUAUACCAACAAAGAGGAUUAUAAAUUUCAUGUAUUAUCGCGUUCUUCAAAUGUUUGUACAAUGGAAAGUUAUUGCUUGGUGACAAACGUCGGUGACGAUAUAUGUUGUAUUUUUUGUUAUCAAACUGUAAUUUCACAAUACAUGUGCUGUGUUAUCUCAGUCUUGUAUGAGCAAAUAUUCGGACUGUGUCGCUUUCAACUGUAGAUGGAAAACGUGUCUGUAUAUCUUCUUUCCUGCACAUUUAGUGAUUGUUCCAGGGCCUCGAAUAAAGACGUUAUCAGUUGUUGUUUAACUGAGUUCGUGUGUUCGAAACGAUCCGUCAGCCAAUUGUAAAUACCGUUAUGAGAUAAACCGUGUGGUCAGGACGUUUUAACUUCCUGAGGCUGAUUCCAACCGCUUAAGAUGACCUACUGGUAGGCAUGCAUGCUGCAGUGGAAACGUUCAUAGAGUAGUAUCGGCAGACGUCCUAAAAUGGAAUAUCCUGCUCUAAAAUAUCAAAAUUAAAUAUAGAUUCAUGUCUGUAAAUCUUUAUACGGUAACAAUAUUUCAUUCAAAGUGUUUCAAAUUGGACGGAAUUUAAUUGAAAUGUUGAAGUGUUAAGUAGAGCGCAGUACGAAUUCGUACGAAGAAAAAGGAUCAAGUUUUGUUCAACACAGCCAGUGACAAAGGAAUAAAGUUACUUAGUAUAUUAAAAAUGGACGGCCAUGCGUGUCUUGUGGAGCUUGGAUACGAAUGUACCGUGGCUCCGUAGUGGCACUUUAGACAUUGCAAUGCAGCCAGCAUCCACCGCUUCAUUUUCAUGUGUAAAGUGAACUCCCGCAACGAAAAAGCGAUUCUGAGCAAAAUGGUGGUUCCUCCUCAUCAGCAAAUGGAGUACAGCUCCUCGAUCCCAAACUAUUCAGCUCCGUCGUCUGUCUGCACAUCUGACAGCGGUGGAGGAGGCAGUGGACAUGGAAGAAUGCGAACAAUACGCUUGCAUCGAAGACUUACGGGGAAUCAUCCUGGUCCUCCAAACUUUGGUUUCUCAGUUCGUGGUGGUCGAGAGCAUGGCACUGGAUUCUUUGUGUCUGCAGUGGAACAGGGAUCAGAGGCGCACUGUCAGGGCCUGAAGAUAGGUGAUCAGAUCGUAAAGAUAAAUGGAUACUCAGUAGUGGAUGCUGUCCACCGAGAAGUAUUACUAUACAUAAAGAGUCAGAAUCAUCUGGAACUCAGAGUCAGAACUGUUGGCAUGAUUCCUGUCAAAGAUAAGCGCACGGACCCACUGACAUGGCGUGUUGUGGAAGAAGACAGGGUGCGCUCAUCACCAGAGCUCUCCAGAACCAUAUAUAAUGGGAACAGUGAGGACAUCAUUAGAGAUGUGAGACUGUUCUUGAAUGUGGCACCUCGCAUGAAACUGGAGUGUGGGAUCUGCAAAGGCCCAGAAUGGAAACCAGGAAUCUUUGUUCAGUUCACAAAAGAGAAUGGUCUUGCACGAGAGGCAGGUUUACAACCAGGUGACCAGAUCUUGCAAUGCAAUGGUGUGCCUUUCAUUGACAUUCCAUUUAGUGAAGCUGUGAAUGUACUGAAGACAUCACGACAACUGGACCUGAUAAUCAGGAAGGGAUCUGGUUCAGAUUUAUUUCCAGGGGAGUCUUCUGGGUACAACAGCUCAUCUAGCAGUGUGAAUGGAGACCAGAGUCCAAGUUGGGGUGAUACCAAGAGGCUGUCCAUUGUCAAGGAGGAGUCUGUUGAACUGGAAGACAGACUGGGACAGUUAGAUUGUAAUCAUCACAUCAAAGAUUGGGACCAGAUUGAGUAUGGCUGGGAGAAAACCGAACCAAAACAGAAAAAAAACUCACCUGUCCUGCGAGUUCACUUUGAGGAGAAUGGAAACAGUCGCAUCGUUGAUGAAACUAACAGAGAUAUGAGUGAACUAAGUCUGGUGAGCAGUGGGCGCAAUAGUGUUGCUGGUGCGGAUAGACAACAUUCAGAACAGAAGUUUGCAGAUGGAGCUAAACUUGCUGAAAUCCGCAUGGUGUCACAGCAAUCAGAGACAAAGACAGUCGUGGUGGAAGUCCACAGGAGUCAGGAAGUAGAUGAUUCUGUGGCCAUACCUAAAACCACUCUUGUCUCAGAAAGAUUAACAGCUGAUGAGGGGUCAAAGGAUCAAAACUCUCUGGCCAAGAGUCCGUCCAGUAGCUCAUUUAUCAGCAUCGGAAGCAGCACUGCUAGCAGUAGUCUGUCCAGUGCCAUCAGCCAGGAGCUGCAGAGGAGGUCGAAGCGACAUGAGAAUGAAGGCUACAGGGAAACAGAAAGAAAAAAAGAUUUCCUCAAAGCAAUUGAUGGAGAGAAACGACAACAGCAUGAACAGCUGAUGGAUGAGUUCAGACGUGUACAUCGGAAGAUGUUUGCUCACAGCAUUGCUGCAGAGAAUCAGGGCAGCACCUCCUGUCAAUCUGAAGCAACACAGUUCAAGAUAUCUCAUUCCUUGGAGGAGCGUGAAUUACACCAAAGAAAACAAACACAGAAGGAUGACAAAGGAGAAAAGGUGUCUCUUCAAAGAACGUUAGUAACAACAAAGGACCACAAUUUACAAGACCAGCAGGGCAAAAGUGAUGUGCGAGAAGUGACCAUAAUCUCAAAUAGUAGAGAUGUACCACCUCCUCCCCCUCCAAUGCCAUCACAUGAAUCGGAAAGUCUGAGUUCUUCGUGGAAACCAUCUUCACCAGCUUUAUCCCUGGCAUCAUCAGGCAAGAUAUUGCUGAAUGAGAGGCCACCAUCCUGUCCUACACCCGACUAUGACACAAGUUCAUCUCUAUCUAUAUCUUCUGCCGAGUCACUUAUUACUUCAAGCAAAAACUCUGCUUCUCAAGCAAAACUCCCCUCACCUUCAUUCACAUAUGUAAAUACUAAUAACAAACCAAUGCUUAACCCCCAGAGCAGGCUCACUAUAACAAAUUCCACUAAAAGUACUGUUACUGCUAGUCAAACCACUUCAAAAAAUGCCGACACUGUGGAAAUGCAGUCCAUAGAGUCUUUCACACUUACGAAUCCUCAUUCCCCAAAACCAAAGCCACCUGAAAUAUAUUUUGUUCCAGUAAGGAACAAGAAGAAGCCUCAACAUUCGAGUGAUACCAACCAGUCGACAUGGAAAGAUGACAGACUGGCUGGUAAGCAGAGGCCAGUCUCCAUAACAAUAAGUGAAUAUCCAUCAGGAGUUGAAAGGAGGGUUCCAACACGUUUUGACUUCCUUCCAACGUAUGCCACAGAAGUUAGGAAAUCAACAUCGCAAGUUGAUGGCUCCAGUAUCACUAGCCAACUGCAUUCGGAGCUAGCUCAGACAUUGUCAAGAUCAAAUCUACAGAAGCGGACUGAUUCACAGGAUUCUCUUCAAAAUGGAAUUUCUACAGAAACUGCCUCUGCAAAAGGAACCAUAACAAUUUCUGUGAAUUCCCACCAUUCUGGAAAGAAUAUAACCAAUUCCAGGCCAUCACAUGGCUACUCUAGCAGACCCCAAGUCACAAAUGGUGCAAACAAAAUACAUAUUGAAAAUAAUACGAAAUCUAUGAGUAAGAGUUCAGUUGUGUCAGUAGAUAAUAAAACUCAAAUUCCGGCAUCAAUUAAUGCCGCAGAUAAGGAAGCAAAGUCACUGGUAACAAACAACAGGGUGACCAUCACAGUGCCGAAUGGCACGCAGUCAAGUAAAUAAGAAUCUCUUACAGUGUUAAGUAUUGCAGACUUUGUUUCUGAAUGAUGUCAGCCUGGAAUAUUAUCUAAGAGAUGGUAGUGAGUUUAUAUGUAAAUUUAUCUGUACUUUGACAGUUCAAGUUCCAAAUCUACUGACAGAGCAUGUCAACAGUGUACGUGAUAUAAACCAAGAUGUGUGACUGGGUGUGAUAUAUUUUUAACAAAAGUGUUCAAACUUAAAAUAAAAAAUAAUGUAAAAGUGUGCUCCAAUUUGUGAGAACAUAUUCUCCAAGA